CUGCAAGACAUGAAGGGCUUCCUGUUUCUUACACUCCUCCUGAUGCCCGUGCACGCUGGAACUGCUUGGAGUGCGAAAUACGCAGUAGAUUGUCCCGAGCCCUGUGACAGUAACGCAUGCAAAAGUACCUUGCGCUGUAAGCGAACGGUGCUGGAUGACUGUGGCUGUUGCAGAGUGUGUGCAGCUGCUCUGGGGGAGACUUGCUAUCGUACGGUCUCGGGUAUGGAUGGUGUCAAGUGUGGUCCUGGGCUGAAGUGCCAGUUUUACACUGAGGAGGAUGACUUUGGUGAUGAAUUUGGUAUCUGCAAAGAAUGUCCCUAUGGUACCUAUGGAAUGGAAUGCAGGAAAACCUGCAACUGUCCUUCUGGCAUCUGUGACAGAGUAACCGGGAAGUGUUUGAAGUUCCCAUUUUUUCAGUUGUCUGCUUCAAAGCCUCCAAAUCGACGAAAAAUAGUUUCACACACAGAGAACGACAUGGCAUCAGGGGAUGGAAAUUCUGUAAAAGAGGAAUUCGUUAAGGAGAAAGCUAUUCACUCUCCGGUAAUGAAAUGGCUAAAUCCUCGCUGAUAUUUACUUACACUCAUAAGACUUUCAAGUGAAUGCAUUUCUCACAGAUUAUUGAA